AUGCAGCACCCCAUCCGCCUCACCUGGAACGAAGCCUGCUCAGGCAUCUUCGGCAGCAUCUCCCUCGCCGCCUGGAUCUUCCUCCUCCUGCCGCAAGUACUCGAGAACUACCAGCAAGGCCACGCCGACGGGAUCUCGCUGACCUUCCUCUUCAUCUGGUUCGUCGGCGAUGUCACGAACUUGGCCGGCGCACUGUGGGCGCGACUUGUCCCGACUGUGAUUGCGUUGGCGGUGUACUUUUGUUUCGCGGAUACGGUUCUGAUCGCGCAGUGUCUCUACUACCUGGGACUGAAGAAGACAAGGGCGCGAGAGAAGGAUGCAGACGAGAGUACUGGUGGGGUGCUGCAGAGCGAGCACACACCACUCUUGAACCGCGACGCGACCAAGCCCUCCAACCCAACCAACCCGAGACGCAGACUCACAGACGUAACGGAAGAAAACCUCGGCCUCCCGGGCUCACGCAGAGUCAGCAGCGCCAACAGUCUCCGAAGACGCAGCACCCACGAAGACACCAGCCUCUCCCGCAUCCUCGAAGAACCCACCCGCACACGAGCCACCAUCAAGAACACCGUCUCCAUCCUCGGCGUGUGCAUAGUCGGCGCAGCAGGCUGGGCAAUCGCAUGGAAAGCGGGCGCAUGGAGACCCACCCCGGUCGGGCAAGAGGGGAGUGGUGACAAAACCCCCGUCGCGGCCGAAAUCUUGGGCUACAUCAGCGCAGUAUGCUAUUUGGGCGCGAGGAUACCGCAGAUUGUGAAGAAUCAGCGAGAACGGAGCUGUGAGGGGUUGAGUCUGCUGUUCUUCCUGCUGAGUUUGCUGGGGAAUCUGACGUAUGGAGCGGGGAUUCUGUUCCAUUCGCUCGAGAGGGAGUAUGUGGUGACAAAUAUUCCCUGGCUGAUUGGGUCGCUGGGCACGAUUGUGGAGGAUGUUACUAUUUUCAUCCAGUUUCAUGUUUUCGGCGAUACGCAGGAGGCUUCGGCGGUGGUGUGA